UGAGAUUUUCGGUAAAAGUUCGGAUUCGGCGAAAUGGCACGACCAGCCUCAAAAUGGGGCGCUCUGUCCACACCCUUAAGCGAGCCGGUUCUGGAAGUGAUCAAGGGUCUUGGUUUCGAGAAAAUGACCCCUGUGCAGGCGGCCAGUAUUCCGUUGCUUCUGUCGUACAAGGAUGUGGCAGCGGAAGCCGUGACCGGAUCCGGCAAAACGCUGGCGUUUGUGGUUCCCUUGCUGGAGCUGUUGCUGAAGCGACAGAAAACCGCCGCCUGGAAGCGAAAUGAAAUUGGGGCCCUCAUCGUUUCGCCGACCCGCGAGUUGGCCACACAGAUCGACCAAGUGUUGGGAGCGUUCCUUAGUCACGAUCAGUUGGGAAGUUUUCGAAAGAAGCUCGUCAUCGGUGGCAACUCGGUGGAAGAUGACGUCAUAUCGAUCAUGCAGGACGGUACAAACAUACUCGUUGCCACGCCGGGCCGUUUGCAGGAUCUGUUCGAGCGUACCGGAGACCUUAACCUGGCGGUGAGGGUGAAGAGCCUGGAGCUGCUCGUUCUGGAUGAGGCCGAUCGGUUGCUGGAUCUGGGCUUUGAGGCAACGAUCAACACCAUUCUGGGAUAUUUGCCUCGCCAACGCCGUACGGGACUGUUUUCCGCGACGCAAACGAAAGAGGUGAAGGAUUUGAUGCGCGCCGGUCUCCGCAAUCCGGUGUUAGUGAGUGUGCGCGAGAAAGCGUCCACCAGUACACCGAAGCGGUUGCAAAAUUACUACGUCGUUGUUGAGCCGGACAUGAAGCUGACCGCGAUGCUUGAAUUCAUACGCAGCCGCCAGAUCCGGAAGGCGAUGGUUUUCUUUCCCACGUGCGCUUGCGUCGAGUAUUGGGCCGUUGCCAUGGGAACGCUCGUGAAGCCGAUGGCCGUUAUGGCACUCCACGGUAAGAUGAAAUCACAGCGAAUACGCAUCCUGAAGGCAUUUCGCGACGCCGACAGUGCGCUGCUACUGUGCACCGAUCUGCUAGCUCGCGGAAUCGACAUUCCCGAGGUGGACUGGGUGCUGCAAUGGGACCCACCGUCGAAUGCGGCUGCUUUCGUCCAUCGUGUCGGUCGUACCGCACGCCAAGGGUCGGAUGGGAACGCUCUACUGAUGCUGCUACCGUCGGAGGAUGCGUACGUCGACUUUCUGACGCGCAACCAAAACGUUGCCCUGAAACAACUGAAGCUGCAGACGAAACAGUGCGACGCCGACAGUGCACUGGCCACGUUGCACCGACUGCAGACGGAAGAUCGAGCACGGUUCGAUAAAGCGAACCGUGCUUUCGUGUCGCACAUUCAGGCGUACAGCAAACACGAAUGCAAUCUGAUACUGCGCGUAAAGGACCUCGACCUGGGCCGGGUGGCCACCAGCUAUGGGCUGCUGCAGCUACCGCGAAUGCCCGAAAUGAAAGCCCACUUCAGCGAGUCGUUCCGGGGCCCGGAUCCGGCGGUGGACAUUUGGAAGCUCCGGUACAAGGACAAACAGAAGCAGGCAUCGUUCGAGGGCAAAAUGAAAACCUACAACGAGACCGGCGAGUGGAAGGGCAAGAAAAAGCUGAUCAAAAAGAAGUCCGUUCCCUGGGAGCUGGCCAAUAAGGCGCGCGAGGAGCGCAAAGAAAAUCGCAAAAAGCGCCGGGAGCAGAAACAGAAACGGAAGGCGGCGGUCGUGGCCGGCGAAGCGGCACCGGUGGCCAAACGGAAGCGCCACAAGUUCACCCAGGAAGACCUGGACGAGCUCGCGAAGGAUAUUCGAAUGCUGAAGCAGCUGAAGCGGAAAAAAGUGACCGAGGAAGAGUGUGACGAUGAGAUGGGAUUGGAUGGUGACCAGUUUUCGGAUGAAUCGGAUUGAGCAGAAGCCGGGUGCGGAUUGU